CUUGGCGCGCACUGAUGACGCAAGAUUCCUCAAUGUCUUCUGAAAACACUGGACGUUUUACUGGCAGCAGAAACAGCUCAGCCAUGAACUGGAACAAAGGUGGUCCAGGUGUGAAGCGAGGGUUUGGGUUUGGAGGAUUUUCCCUUGCCGGGAAAAAAGAUGAACCUAGCCCUCCUCCGAAAUCUCAAACAAAUUUUGCACCCCCAGGAUCAAGCGGAUAUGGGAAAAGCCAGCAGCUCCCAUCCUUCUACAAAAUAGGGACAAAAAGAGCAAAUUUUGAUGAGGAAAAUGCGUAUUUUGAGGACGAUGAAGAGGAGUCCAGCAACAAUGUGGAUUUGCCGUACAUCCCAGCGGAGAACUCGCCCACACGGCUGCAGAUGCAGACAGGUGGCGGCUCAGACAGUGAAGAUGACCCACUGGAUGCCUUUAUGGCAGAGGUUGAGAGCCAAGCAGCUAAGGACAUGAGGAAACUAGAGGAAAAAGAAAAGGAGAAGAAGUCAGCAAAGGGUAUACGUGAUGACAUUGAAGAAGAAGAUGAACAAGAAGCCUACUUCCGCUACAUGGCAGAGAACCCCACAGCCGGGCUGACCCUAGAGGACGAGGAUGAAAACAUUGACUAUGACAGUGAUGGGAACCCAAUAGCCCCUACCACUAAGAAAAUUAUCCUGCCGCUUCCUCCCAUUGACCACUCUGAGAUUGAUUACCCACCCUUUGAGAAAAACUUCUACAAUGAGCAUGAAGAGCUCAGUUGCCUGGAUGCAACUCAAGUGUUCGACUUAAGGCACAAAUUGAACCUAAGGGUAUCUGGUGCUGUCCCUCCAAAACCUUGCACGAGCUUUGCCCACUUCAGCUUUGAUGAGCAGCUGAUGCACCAAAUCCGCAAGUCUGAGUAUACUCAGCCCACGCCCAUUCAGUGCCAAGGUUUGCCCAUAGCUCUUUCUGGACGAGACAUGAUAGGAAUUGCAAAAACUGGCAGUGGUAAGACUGCUGCUUUUAUCUGGCCCAUGCUUGUUCACAUCAUGGAUCAAAAGGAACUGGAGGCAGGGGAAGGGCCCAUCGCCAUCAUUGUGUGUCCCACCAGAGAGCUUUGUCAGCAGAUUCAUGCAGAAUGCAAGCGUUUUGGGAAAGCCUACUCUCUGCGUUCUGUGGCGGUUUAUGGAGGAGGCAGCAUGUGGGAGCAGGCCAAAGCUCUGCAGGAGGGAGCAGAGAUUGUCGUGUGCACUCCGGGUCGUCUGAUUGACCACGUUAAGAAGAAGGCCACGUCCCUGCAGAGAGUGUCAUACAUGGUGUUUGAUGAGGCAGAUCGCAUGUUUGAUAUGGGCUUUGAAUAUCAGGUUAGAUCCGUUGCUAGCCAUGUCCGUCCAGACAGACAGACCCUUUUGUUUAGCGCUACUUUCCGAAAGAAGAUAGAGAGGCUGGCCAGAGACAUCUUGGUAGAUCCUAUUCGAGUGGUGCAGGGAGACAUCGGAGAGGCAAAUGAGGAUGUCACUCAGAUCGUGGAGAUGUUGCGCACCGCGGCGGAUAAAUGGGACUGGCUGACCCGGCGGCUGGUGGAGUUCACCUCCUCCGGCUCGGUCCUUAUCUUCGUCACCAAGAAGGCAAACUGUGACGAACUGGCCGCUAACCUGACCCAGGAGGGCCACAGCCUGGGCCUCCUGCACGGAGACAUGGACCAGAGUGAGAGGAACAAAGUCAUCAGCGACUUCAAGAAACAGAAUUUGCCCGUCCUAGUUGCCACUGACGUAGCUGCUCGUGGUCUGGACAUCCCGUCCAUUCGCACCGUGGUGAACUACGACGUGGCACGAGACAUCGACACACACACACACAGGAUUGGUCGUACUGGUCGUGCUGGAGAGAAAGGUGUUGCUUACACUCUCCUCACGAACAAAGACACCACAUUUGCUGGUGACCUCGUGAGAAAUCUGGAGGGAGCUAAUCAAGCUGUUUCCAAAGAACUGAUGGAUUUAGCCAUGCAGAAUCCCUGGUUUAGGAAGUCCCGAUUCAAGAGUGGUAAAGGGAAGAAGCUGAAUAUUGGCGGAGGUGGUCUUGGUUACAGAGAGAGACCAGGCCUUGGGGCUGAAAGUUCUGAACGCAAAAUGUUGUGUAGCAGUAGCUUUGAAAGCUACAGCAAACCAGCAACUGGGGCAAUGGGAGACCGCAUGACUGCGAUGAAAUCAGCCUUCCAGUCUCAGUACAAGAGUCACUUUGUUGCUGCGUCCAGCGGCCCCCCAAAGCUCAGCACUAAGUCUAACAGCACGUCAGGCUGGACCAGCGCCGGCAGCCUGAGCUCUGUGCCCACAGAGUCUGCCAACGGCUCUGAGUGGUCCCAGGGCGCUGCCAUGUCCAUGCCUGGCUUCACUAGCGCUGGCUCUCUGAGCUCUGUGCCGGCCAGUCAACCCAGUCCACAACACAACUUCCCCCCGCCUGCCCCUCCCCCGCAGAGAGACACCCAGCGGGACAGACACGGGGAGAACCGGGGACGCCACGACAGUCAUCACCCCCACAGCGAGAGGAGUGACCGAUACAGUGGAGAAGAACGCUAUGGAGACCGGGAUCGUCGUGGUGGAGAUGGAGACCGCGAUCGCCACGGAGACGGAGACCGUGAUCGCCACGGAGACAGAGAUCGUGAACGCCACGGGGACCGGGAACGCGGCAGCAGCAGCAGCAGCGGCGGCAGCGGCGGCAGCGGCAGCAGCAGCACCCGCCCACAGGCAGUGAGUCGGCAACGGAGAUGGAACGCAGGAGGGAAAGAGGAGGAUCGGAGGACGGCCCGAGAGACGGGGGAGCACAAAUGGAGACAGUCAUUUCAAGAUAUGUAUGAGUGA